GAGGAGUCGCAGCUCUCGCCAGGUUACAGGGGUAAUCGGGGCCAGUGGCCCAGAGCUUUCGGGCCAGCUCUCACCGCCAGGGCUAGCAACGAGCAGGGAUAGGCAGCAAUGGAGGGGAGCCCCAUACCGGUGCUGACGGUGCAAACCGCGCCCUACGAGGACCAGAAGCCGACGGGGGGCGGGGGGCUGCGCCGACCCACCGGCCUCUUCGAGAGCCAACGCAACUACCUGCCCAACUUCGUGCAGAGCGUGCUGUCGUCCAUCGAUCUCCGAGACCGCCAGGGCUGCACCAUGGUGGUGGGCAGCGACGGCAGGUACUUCAGCAAGGCGGCCACCGAGAUCGUGGUCCAGAUGGCCGCGGCCAAUGGGAUCGGUCGGCUGAUCAUUGGCCAGAAUGGCAUUUUGUCCACGCCUGCGGUUUCGUGUAUUAUCAGGAAGAUCAAAGCAGCUGGUGGAAUCAUUCUUACUGCCAGUCAUUGCCCUGGAGGACCAGGAGGAGAGUUUGGAGUCAAGUUUAAUGUUUCUAAUGGAGGUCCUGCACCAGAUAUAGUUUCAGAUAAGAUCUACCAGAUCAGCAGAACAAUUGAGGAGUAUGCCAUCUGUCCGGAUCUCCGAAUUGACUUAUCUCGACUAGGAAGACAAGAAUUUGAUUUGGAGAACAAAUUCAAACCCUUCAGAGUGGAGAUAGUGGAUCCAGUGGACAUCUAUCUCAACCUCCUUCGGACCAUCUUUGACUUUAACACCAUUAAGAGUUUGCUGACUGGACCCAAUCAACUUAAGAUCCGGGUGGAUGCUAUGCAUGGAGUUAUGGGACCCUAUGUAAGGAAAAUCCUGUGUGAUGAGCUAGGUGCCCCAGCAAAUUCUGCAAUAAACUGUGUUCCUUUGGAAGAUUUUGGAGGACAGCACCCUGACCCAAACCUAACAUAUGCAACCACCCUUCUGGAGGCAAUGAAAGGGGGAGAAUAUGGUUUUGGAGCUGCGUUUGAUGCUGAUGGGGACCGUUACAUGAUCCUAGGCCAAAAUGGCUUCUUUGUGAGUCCUUCUGAUUCACUGGCCAUCAUUGCUGCCAACCUCCCUUGCAUUCCACAUUUUCGUCAGAUGGGAGUUCGAGGAUUUGGGAGGAGUAUGCCAACCAGCACAGCCUUGGAUAGGGUGGCCAAAUCACUGAAAGUCCCUGUAUAUGAGACCCCAGCAGGUUGGAGAUUCUUCUCUAAUUUGAUGGACUCAGGAAGGUGUUCUCUGUGUGGGGAAGAGAGUUUUGGUACAGGUUCUGAUCACCUUCGUGAAAAGGAUGGACUUUGGGCGGUCUUGGUCUGGCUUUCAAUCAUUGCGGCCCGAAAACAGAGUGUGGAGGAAAUUGUUCGAGACCACUGGGCCAAAUUUGGUCGCCACUACUACUGCAGGUUUGAUUACGAGGGACUAGAGCCAAAAAUGACAUAUUACAUCAUGCGAGACCUGGAGGCCUUGAUCACUGACAAGUCAUUCACUGGCCAGCAGUUUGCUGUGGGGAGUCAUGUCUACAGUGUGGAAAAAACAGACAGCUUUGAAUAUGUGGACCCUGUGGAUGGCACUGUGACCAAAAAACAGGGACUCCGGAUCAUUUUCUCGAAUGCCUCCAGGCUGAUAUUUAGGCUUAGUUCAUCCAGCGGCAUGAGAGCUACAAUCAGGAUCUAUGCAGAAAGCUAUGAGAAGGACCCAAGCAAUCAUGAUAGGGAACCACAGGCUGUGCUGAGUCCUCUCAUAGCCAUUGCCUUGAAAAUUUCCCAGAUCCAUGAGAGAACUGGCCGUCGGGGCCCCACUGUCAUCACCUGAACGCUGAUCCAGGGCCACAAGACAGCAUCAGGAGGGAGAGCUGCCUUUGCUGAUGCCUUCUUGCUACCUGUUUGUGCCUUAUAUGACUUUGAAAUGGUGUUUUGUUGUUGGGGGGAGGUGGGUGGGAAAAGAAGACUUCAAUUUCAUUUCAGCCUUAGCCAGCUGCAUUGGCUUAACAAUGCAAUUGUGUAUUUAGUAGUCUGUUAAAGCUGCAAUAUCUUUUAGAUCUUCCCUCAUAAGUAACUCACAAUCAAGAAUUAAACUUCCUUCCUCUCCAUCCCUAGAUCUCAAUAGUCACAAAGAGAAAAGAGGUGAGGUAAGAAACAGUUGAGUGCCCUGUUUGUCUUAUACUAGAUCAACAUGACAAAAGGUUCAGAAUUUAGGAGAGAAAGUAAAGGCAGUGUCAGUGUGGAGGGUGCUAGAUGAAUUUAAAGACCACAGACAGCUGUGGACAACUCAGAAGUAGGUACCCAAGGCAACUGGAGCUCAAUAGUUUGUAGGAGGAUUCCAGUGUCUACAGCAGAUGAGAUUCCAAUGUGACUCUCCCCAGCAGACCCCAUUGAUCACCAGCUGCCCACUCCCAGCAGUCCUUCUCUUCCUGUCUUCUUUUCGAUUCCCCACCAAAGCUUCCUCUAAAAACACACUUGCACUCUUCCAACAGUACAUAUCAAUGGGAUAUUUCUCCCCCAUUUGCUUUCUAAAGAUUGGUAUUUCAACCAAAAUGCUGGUUUCUUUAAACUUACGAAUCUGUCAUUCAUUGGCCAUGUAGGGAAACUAUUCAUUGGGAAAACCUUAUGGGAAUGGUUAUUUUUAAUUCUCCCAAACCUUGAACAUGUCCCACAUGUUUAGCACAGAAUCACAGGACACAUGUGUUUGUAUUGAUUCAUCCUGAAAGGUCAAAAUCCCCCAAGGUCCACUAUCUUGAUGCUGAACAGUGUAUACCUUCUUACACAAAAGAGGGCAUUUGUCUGUGCAUUGGUCUCACCUUCUCCUUGAUAGGAGCCAACAGGAACUAAGGUGUGAUUUGGAUGCUGGGAGGGACACUUGAUUCAUUUGUAGACCUUGGGAUGGAAGAAGAGCCAGGAGAUCCUCAUAAGAAUGAGGAAAAAAGAUGGACACAUCUUGCUUUCUUCACUGGGGAAAGGAUACUGCAGCUGUAGUGACAUGGCUCUGUACUCCACAAGAAACACAAACACGUUGUGCAUGAGACUUGUUUGCAUAUGUUUAGUUCCUUGGGAACAACACACUCCCUCAUCAGCUCACUCAUUGAGAUAGCCUGGUAUAGUCAUCUGUUUGGCAGAACCUUGUGGCUAUGGUCAAGGUGAGCCCAAUUGGGAAAAUGUCCCCAGGAAGUAAAAAUUUUCCUGUUUUCUAUCUAUGCUUCUGUCAAAAAUCGCAAUGACAUUUAGUAGUUAAUAAAAAAAUGGAAUGCUGUAUUUCAGUCUA